UGACUACUUGUUACUGGCCAGUACUUCUGGGGGCGGGCUAAGCGUGCCCAAGACGACCAGCGAUUGGUCAAUGCCGCUUGGCCCGGGUAUGCAGAGCGCGAAGACAGGAUGGAUUGGCGAACCCCGGUGUGGGUGGGCCCUAGGAGAGCAGUAGGGACUGGAGAUUGGCCAGGGCAACUGGGGCGGGGCAGCACGCCGGUUCCUGGCGGGGUGACGAUGGCGCCAGGUUCCUGGCGGUGGGUGCGCCGGGUCUGGGCGGCGGGGCAGCCCCUGUUCCAGGGCCGGGCGCUCCUCGUCACCAACACGCUGGGCUGCGGCGUGCUCAUGGCGGCUGGGGACGGCGCGCGCCAAGCCUGGGAGAUCCGUGCGCGGCCGGGUCAGACGUUCAGCCCAAGGCGCUCAGCCCGCAUGUUCGCCGUGGGCUGCAGCAUGGGCCCCUUCUUGCACUACUGGUACCUGUGGCUGGACCGCGUCCUCCCCGCCGCUGGCCUGCGCAGCCUCCCGAACGUCGUCAGGAAGGUGCUCGUGGACCAACUGGUGGCCUCGCCGCUGCUGGGCGCCUGGUACUUCCUGGGCCUUGGCUGUCUAGAGGGCCAGACACUGAGCCAGAGCUGCCAGGAGCUGCGGGAGAAAUUCUGGGACUUCUACAAGGCUGACUGGUGCGUGUGGCCUGCAGCCCAGCUGGUGAACUUUCUCUGCGUGCCCCCCCAGUUCCGGGUCACAUAUGUCAACAGCCUGACGCUGGGCUGGGACACCUACCUGUCCUACAUUAAGUAUCGGAUCCCUGGGACCCUGGCACCCCAGGCUGGGGACUGAACUUCCCUGCCCAGAACUGGAUGACAGACAGGGCCGGCCACCUUGGAGUGACCCUCUUCAGCCAAAAGGGGACUGACUUGCCCAGCUGCGGGCAGGGGUCCUGGGCCUCAGGUUGGUCUCAGCUGUUCAGUGUGAGCUCGCCACCCUGGGCCCAGCUCAGCCAGCCUGGAGUCCCAGGCCCUCAUCACUGCCCUGACCAGGCUCUAGGCACGUGACCAGGCAGCCACCCCAGGGUGCCCUGCCACUCCUCCAGAGGAGCCUUCUGCCUCUGGCAUACACCGAGAACCCCAUUAAACUGCUAUCCUGGUGUCCCCGGGCAG